GCUCCGGGAGGGCGGGAGCGGGAACCCGAGAGUGCGAGCCCGAACCCCCAUUGACCCGAGAAGCCCAUGGGGCCGGGACGGUUCUCGGCCCUGGGAUUUCAUCGCAGCCUUCAGUGCCCCUCGCGUGGGGUGAGAUGACGGCCACGCUGCCCACGGUGCUGGAGGAGAUUCUGGGUGAGAUUGCGGCCACCUGCGGGGAAGCGUCUCAAGUGCCCGACGAACUCCUGUUGGCGCUGAAAUUUAUAUUUGGUCCAUCCGCCGUCCAGGCCUUGGAUCUUGUCGAUCGUCGUUCUGUUACCCGCAUCUCAUCUCCUAGUGGAAGAACUGUGUACCAGGUACGUGGCAGCUCCGGGAAGGCGUAUGUGUGUUUCGCCUCUUGCCAUUACUGCUCGUGCCCAGCCUUUGCAUUCUCUGUGCUUCGGAAGAGUGACAGCCUGUUGUGCAAGCAUCUCCUGGCCACCUACCUUAGCCUGGCCAUGGGGCUGUGCCAGGAUCUGAGCAUGUCUAAUGAGCAGCUGUCUGGCCUCCUGUUAGCAGAGGAGGAUCAAGAACAGGUCUAGAGCACCUCUGGCACCACCGACGCCUCUUCUUUUCACCUGAAGCAGAGAUGCUGGACUGAAGGACUGAGUGAGCAUUUAUUAAAUGCUUAUUGUAUGCCAA